AUGGUGAAGAGAGUGAGUGUCCAUCUUUAUGUUCUAAACGUGCGUUUUUCGUUCUCCCUCCUCCAUACCCGGCCCAGGUUGGCUGCGGGCGUUAAAGUCCUCGCACUCGCCUUUCCCACCCUCGGAAAUCCUGGCGCGCCCGUGAGACGUUCCUAUUCCGGUUCUCUCCGCCGCCGGCCGCGGAUUCGCGGACUGUUGACAUUCGGGGAUGUGGCCAUAGAAUUCUCUCAGGAGGAAUGGGAAUGCCUAAACCCUGCUCAGAGGGCUUUGUACAGGGAUGUGAUGUUGGAGAACUUCAGGAACCUGGUCUCCCUGGGAAUCUCUCCUUUUGAGAUGAAUAUUAUCUCCAUUUUGAAGAAAGGGACAGAGCUCUGGAUGGUGGAGAAGAAGAUGAAACUAGCAAAUAACACAGAUGUCAUUUCUACAUGUGUGACCAAGGAAGUAUCAACAAAAGAGAUCAUUAAGAAGGGAAAAUUAUUCCAGAAAGUGAUGUUGGAAAGAAAUGUAAGUCAUGGCAUCAAGGAUUUUCACUUCAGGCAAGUCAGGGAAAAUGUGCAUGAGUUUGAAAGUCGGUGGGGAGAAGAUGAAAGAAAUAACAAAGGAGUGACUAAGGCCCAUAACAAAAAUUUCACUGGUAGAAGAGAUCAACAUGUUAAAAAAGAUGCAGAAAACAAGUUUAUGACAUGUUUUAAAAAUACAAUUGAAUUAAGCUUUCAGUCCCAUGUGGCUGAAAUGCAGAAAUUUCACACUGGAGAGAAAAUGUAUGAAUGUCAUCAAGAGGAGACGUCUGUCAACAAUGGAUCUUCAAUUCCAUCCCUUCGAAGAUUUCCUCCUAGUGUGCAAAGUAACAUUUCUAAUGAAUGUGGGGAGGUUUUCCUGCAUCCUACAUUGUUUAUACAACAGAAAACCCACAGCAGAGAAAAACCUUACAAAUGUGGGAAGUCAGUCAGCCAGAGGUUAACGUAUACUAAUCAUCAGAGAAGUCAUUGUGUACAGAGACCUUACGAAGGUAAUGAGGGUGUCAAAACCAUUGACUGUGGCUCAGACCUCACUAAAGAUCACAGAAUCCACACCGGAGAGAAACCAUGUAAAUGUAAUGUGUGUGGCAAGGUAUUUAGUAUACGAUUAAGCCUUAGAACCCAUCAGAGAUUUCAUACUGGAAAGAAACUUUACAAAUGUAACGAAUGUGGUAAGGAAUUUACAAGACGUUCAAACCUGUGGCGUCAUAAGAUAAUUCAUAGCAGAGAGAAACCUUACAAAUGUAAAGAGUGUGGUAAAACUUUUAACCGUGCUUCACACCUCAUUACACAUCAGAGAAUCCAUAAUGGAGAGAAACCAUAUAGAUGUAAUACAUGUGGCAAGAUCUUUAGUCGACAUUUAGGCCUUACACGUCACCAGGCAAUUCAUAGUAGAGAGAAACUUCACGAAUGUAAUGUAUGUGUUAAGGCUUUUACCCGAAAAUCAGAUCUUUGGAAACACCAACAAAUUCAUAGUGGAGAGAAACCUUACCAGUGUAAUGAAUGCAGUAAGGCUUUUUCCACAAGCUCAAAUCUGAUGCGACAUCACCAAAUUCAUAGUGGAAAGAAUCUUUACAAAUGUAGUGAAUGUGGUAAGCCAUUUACACAAAAAUUAAGGCUACGUGAACAUCAGCGAAUUCAUAGUGGAGAGAAACCUUACAAAUGUAUUGAAUGUGAUAAGGCUUUUUCCAAAAGAUCAAAUCUUGUGCGACAUCAGCGAAUUCAUACUGGAGAGAAACCUUACAAAUGUGAUGAAUGCGGUAAGGCUUUCACCCGAAAAUCAGGUCUGUUGGAACAUCAACAAAUUCAUAGUGGAGAGAAACCUUUCAAAUGUAUUGAGUGUGGUAGGGCUUUUUCCGGAAGAUCACAACUUGUGAAACAUCAGGAAAUUCAUAGUGGAGAGAAACUUUACAAAUGUAAUGAAUGUGGAGGAAAACAAAGCGGUUUCCAGUGUAAGUGGUCUCCACAACUCUUGGCUUUUACCUUAAAUUGUCUGCAGCAUGAAGUUAAAGUAGGUAGAGAGCAUCUUUGCUCCACAAACCAGACAUUCAAAGGUCUAACACCGGGAAACGGAGAUCUACCAGAAGCCUGGCGGAGAGACGCCUCGGUCCCGCCCACCCAGCGCGUCCUCCGCGGAGAACGGGCCCGUCCCCUCGCCCCGCCCUGUCCCCGCCCACACGCCGCUGGGUUUUUCCGGCGGGCGCUUGCGCAGUUUACUACAGACGUGGAAGCAGCUGUUCUCUGUCUUGAGUUCUCCACACCCGGCCCGGGGGUCGCUGCGGACGUUAAAGUCCCCGCACCCGCCCUUCCCACCCCCGGAGAUCUCGGCGCGGCCGUGAGACGUUCCGGCCCUCGGGCUCCGCCGCCGGCCGGGGAUCCGCGUCGGUUUCGGUGUAAAAUCGCGCUGAUGUGGGUCCCCGCCCCGGCCUUUCUGCCCUUGGGCGGUGCAGACGCCGCCUGCUGCGUCGUUUCCCUGUUCAAAACCCUUCCCUGA